AUGGCUUCCAAAAACACAUGUUCUCCACUCUCUGAAUUCAACAUGAAAACACAACCACACAAUUUUUCAUCAUCAUCCAAUACUAGCAACAAUUAUGGAAGUCAUGUUGCUGGAAUAAAAAAAGCAAUGAAGAUUCUAGAAAUUCAAUUUGGGAAUCCACAUGCAUCAUCGUCCUCAUCUGAGACGAUUGCUGCUAGUGUUAAUGGUGUUAGCAGUGAUGAUAAUAAGAAGAAGAAAAAUAAUGAUGAUGGUAUAACGCAUAGUUUACCACAUCAGAAAUAUGGACCGUAUAUUUGCCCUAAGUGUAACCAAGUGUUCGUUACAUCUCAAAAAUUUGCUUCGCAUGCAUCAAGUCAUUACAAGUUGGAAAGUAAAGAAGAGAGGAAAAAGAGAUACAUGUCCAGAAUCCGAAAGAGACCAAGACUUCACAUUCAAAAGCUCAACGAUGGAACUACUACUUUUCUUCCUCUUUCUUCUUCCACUGCUCAUCCACCUGUUCCUGCGCAGAAUCAGAUAAUUUCACCUCCUCCAACUGGAAUAAAAAUCAAAUUGGAAUCUGCAAAUAAUUAA